UGCACAAAUUUCUUCACCUCUUUUUUGUUGUACCUCUUCGUAUCUCUUCUCAAACUGGGUUGUUUUUGCUACACAAGUAAAUUGUUGUUUCGAAGACUUCGAUCUAAAGGUGAUUCAACUUGUUUGAUGUUGUUGGGUGCUUAGAUCUGCCCCAAUUUCCCCCCUUUGAGCAGAGGUUAACCUUUUGUUUUUCUUCAUGAUUUCUUAAUAUUUACAUGAUAUGAAGCGAUUGCGAGAUGAUGUAUUUAGUAACUCUCAAAUUAAGCGACCUUUUGGUUCUUCUCGAGGAGAAUCAUAUGGCCAACCGCCAGUCCCCGGAGGAGGAGAGGAGAUAGCGGGAGGGGUAGGUGCUGGAGGAGGGGGAGGAGGUGCUAGUAGUGCCCAGAAACUCACUACCAAUGAUGCUUUAACGUAUUUAAAGGAAGUUAAGGACAUGUUUCAAGACCAGAGAGAAAAAUACGACAUGUUCCUUGAUGUGAUGAAAGACUUUAAAGCUCAAAGAGUUGAUACUACCGGGGUGAUAGCAAGGGUGAAAGAAUUGUUUAAAGGGCACAAUAACCUAAUUUUUGGGUUUAACACUUUCUUGCCCAAAGGCUACGAAAUUACUGUUAUUGAAGACGAUGAGGCUCCACCAAAAAGAACCGUGGAGUUUGAAGAAGCUAUAAGCUUUGUGAACAAAAUAAAGAAACGAUUUCAAAACGAUGAUCAUGUUUACAAAUCGUUUUUAGACAUCUUGAAUAUGUAUAGAAAGGAACACAAGGGUAUCAAUGAAGUCUAUCAUGAGGUCGCUACGCUUUUUGAUGACCAUCCAGAUCUUCUUGAUGAAUUCACAAGAUUCUUACCGGAUGCUUCUGCUGCUGCAUCUGCACAUCAUGCUUCAUUUCUCCGGCAAUCAUAUCACCGGUAUGAUGAACGGAGCUCGGUUAUGGCUCAACUCAGACAUACACAAAUGGACAAGCAACGAGGCCGGCGAGAUAGAAUUAUUCCUCCCCAAGGUGAACGGGACCUAAAUGUUGAAUCUCCUGACAUGGAUGAGGAUAAAUCAAUGGUGAAACUCCACAAGGAGCAGAGGAAACGUGCUGAAAAGGAGAGCAGGGAUAGAAGAACCCGUGAUCAGGAUUUCAAAGAGCCUGAUAUCGAUGCUAACAGGGACAUGCACCGUCUUGAAAAACGGAAGUCUGCACGCAAGGUUGAAGAUUUUGGCGUGCAUUCGGGUUUAGCUCCAUACGAUGAUAAGGAUGCCUUAAAAAGUAUGUACAGCCAAGAAUUUACUUUCUGCGAGAAUGUGAAGAAUAGGUUACGCAAUCCAGAUGAUUACCAAGCAUUCUUGAAAUGUCUACAUAUCUAUAGCACAGAAAUAAUUACAAGGAAAGAAUUACAGAGCUUGGUUUCAGAUUUACUUGGAAAGCACCCAGAUCUUAUGGAAGGAUUCAGUGCAUUUUUGGAGCGUUGUGAAAAUAUAGAUGGAUUUCUUGCUGGUGUUAUGGACAAAAAAGCUUUUGGGAAUGAAGGCCAUGUAUCCAAAUCAACCAGGACAGAGGAGAAAGAGCGAGAGCAUAGACGUGAAACUGAUGCUGCUAAAGAGGACAUGUAUAAAGAGAAGUAUUGGGGGAAAUCUAUACAAGAACUUGACCUGUCUAAUUGUCAACGUUGCACUGCCAGUUACAGACUUCUUCCUGAUGAUUAUCCAAUACCAUCGGUAAGCCAGAGAUCUGAGCUUGGUUCUCAAGUACUGAAUGAUCUCUGGGUAUCUGUUACUUCUGGUAGUGAGGAUUACUCCUUCAAACAUAUGCGUAAAAACCAGUACGAAGAAAGCUUGUUCCGAUGUGAGGAUGACAGGUUUGAGCUAGAUAUGUUGUUGGAGUCUGUGAGUUCAACUGCUAAGCGUGCUGAAGACUUGUUGAACAGCAUUAACAACAAGUCCAUCAACUCAGAGGUUCCCAUCCGUAUCGAGGAGCACUUCACAGCUCUUGAUUUGCGGUGCAUUGAACGUCUAUAUGGUGAUCAUGGUCUCGAUGUUAUGGAUAUAUUGCGUAGAAACCCAGCUCUUGCAUUGCCUGUUAUAUUGACUCGCUUGAAACAAAAACAAGAGGACUGGACAAAGUGUCGAUCAGACUUCAACAAGGUUUGGGCUGAAAUAUAUGCGAAGAACCAUUACAAGUCACUGGAUCACCGAAGCUUCUAUUUCAAGCAACAAGAUUCAAAGAAUCUGAGCACAAAAUCCUUGGUGACCGAAAUCAAAGAAAUAAAGGAAAAAGGCCAGAAAGAUGAUGAUGUGCUACUAAGUAUUGCUGCUGGAAGCAGACACUAUAUCGUGCCGAAUCUUGAGUUUGAAUUCACGGACAAGGACAUCCAUGAAGACUUGUUAAAACUAAUUAAAUAUUCAUGUGAAGAAAUUUGCACGACCAAGGAACAAUUGAACAAAGUUUUACGGUUAUGGACUACCUUCUUGGAGCCAAUAUUGGAUGUUCCUUCUCGACCUCAAAAUGUUGAUGGUGCUGAAGAUGCUGAGCUAUCUAGUCAUGGUGCUCCCAAAACUGCUAGUUUACGUCCACCUGAGAUUAAUGGAAGUCCAGGUGCUGAUGAUGCUACCAUGAAUCUUAAACAAUCGAAACCAGAUUGCAAUGGGGUUCAAACUACAUCGCCGGAUAAGGUAGAUCCAAGCAAGAACAGCUUAGUAAAUGGAGAUGCUUUGGCCAAGGAAGACAGAUCUAGAACAGAGAGAGACUUUAAGAGCACGGUGGCUGGGGAUAAAGUGUCAAACUCUAAUGGAUCAUGGGCUUUGGCUGCACGAGCAACAGAUUCUGGUCCAGCUUCUGUUAUUGCAACCGACAACAGCCAUGGCAGAAUUACUGUAGAUUUGUCUGGGCGUGAAGCAAGUGCUUGCAGACCUCAUAAUGUUACGGAUGAUGGUCAUGAAGCCAAGUCCAAGAUUGAUAAAGUUCCUUCAUCGCAGCAUCGGGAUCUCCCAAGAUCGUUACCAGUGGCAAAUGGAGAUUUUGCUGAAGUAGCCAAAGUUAAAAGGCAUACUGAAGAUUCUGCCGAGCCCUCCAAAAUUGAGAAAGAAGAGGGUGAGUUAUCACCUAAUGGUGAUUUCGAUGAGGUUAAUUUUGGUGCCUAUGGAGAUAAUGGUUCACGUGCCAACACCAAACAUAGUGUGGAUCCCACACACUAUCGAGCCGGUGUAGGGAGGAUUGAUGCAGAUGCUGAUGACGAGGACAGUGUGAAUGUUUCUGAAGGCAUGGAUGUCUCCGGCAGUGAGUCUGCUGCUGAUGAGUGUUCAAGGGAAGAUCAUGAAGAAGAUGGCGACCGUGAUGAUCUUGAUGGUAAAGCGGAGAGUGAAGGAGAGGCUGAAGGGAUAGAGGAUGCCAACUUUGUUGGUGAAAAUGGAACAUCUUUACCGCCAUCGGAGCAUUUUUUGCUAACUGCAAAGCCGUUGGCAAAGCGUGUAGCUUCUCCUUUAUGCGAUGGCGAAAGAAAAGAUUCUCACGUCUUUUAUGGAAACGACAGCUUUUACGUGCUUUUUAGGCUUCAUCAAGUAUUAUAUGACCGGCUUGUGUCAGCUAAGCUCAAUUCGACAUCUGCUGAAAUGAAAUGGAGAAAUUCGAAGGACACCUGCCCUCCUGAUCUGUACUCCAGAUUUAUGAGUGCUCUAUACAAUUUGCUUGACGGGUCUGCUGACAACGCAAAAUUUGAAGAUGAUUGUCGGGCCAUUUUAGGAAAUCAGUCUUACGUGCUAUUUACAUUGGACAAGUUGAUUUAUAAGCUCGUCAAACAGCUUCAAAUCGUUGCUGGUGAUGAGAUGGACAACAAGCUUCUUCAACUAUAUGAGUAUGAAAAAUCUAGGAAACCCGAGAAGUUUGUUGACUCUGUAUACUAUGAAAAUGCACACGUCCUCCUUCAUGACGAGAACAUAUACAGAUUUCAAUGUUCAUCUGGUCCAACUCGUUUAACCAUCCAGCUGAUGGAUGAUGGGAAUGAAAAGCCUGAAGUCGUUGCGGUCUCUGUGGAUCCUAAUUUUGCAGCUUACCUUCACAAUGAUUUUCUUUCAAUUGUGCCUGGAAGAAAGCAAGCUGGCAUUUUUAUGCAUAGAAGUAAACGCCAAUUUUCAGACCUAGAUGAAGCUUCUGCCAUGGAAGGUGCUGAUGUGAUCAAUGGGUUGGAGUAUAAGAUGUCUUGUAGCUCAUCAAAGAUAUCCUAUGUUCUCGAUACAGAAGACUACUUCUUCCGUAUUAGAAGAAAAAGAAGAAAGCUCUCAGGAAGCGGUUCAUCAUCCUCCCGUAGCCACGCAAAAGUCGAACGAUUUCACAGCUUUUUAUCGGGCUCAGUUUGAUAAAAUGUUUCAUGCCAUUUUCUCGAUGAACAUCAAGGAAUUUAGCCCCAAACAACUCUUACCUACCCCCGGAGUCGUGAUUAUGAUCCGUUGCCGGAUUGAUGGCAAUCGAGAAGAAGGAACGGGUUGCGGGAAAUGUAAACAAGUAGUAGUAAAUCUGUGAAGUUUAUAUAUGGAAAUGAGUUAUGUAAAUAGAUUUUAGAGGAAAAUUUAAUUGUUCAAGUGUUUGUAACAUUAAAAUGUGUCACAAAAAUUAGAAGGAUUUUUCUUUCCUUUUUUGGAAGGUGUUAUGCUGGGAAACCCAGAUUUGUACAGAGAUUAGCUUUUACUAUUUACAUGUUCCAAAUGUUUAACACAAAUAUUAAUUUGUAACUUGAUAUUUUACUCUCCCUAAUUAACUCUUUUUAUUUUGGACAAAUUGUAUGA